CCGUCACCCACAUUUCCUCAUCUGCUUGGUUGUGAAGCGAUUGGUCUUGCGUUAUUCCUAAUAUGUCGCAUACACAAGCGGAAAGUGUGAUCAAGAACAUUAUAAGGGAGAUAGCCCAGGAGUGUGCAGCCAAGGGCCACACUGUAUCAGAGACCAUGAUAGCGUUCGUGGUGAAAGCUAUUGUUUUAGACCCCAGAAAUGGAUUUAAUGUGGAUCGAACUCUGACAAAGGAUGAUGUCCAGAAGCUUAUCAAGCUUUGCGUGGAUCGACUUCUUGACACCAAGAGCCCCUCCCUGGAAACAAUUAAGAUGCAAGUGUAUUUUGACUUGAAUUAUACAACCAGAGGUGAAUUUCUCGAAGAACAUCAUCGUGUCCUGGAAUCAAGACUGGCACCAGUGAGCAGGGAAAUCACUGACAGUCGAGCGCGCACGGCCGAGGAGUUAGAGAGCCUUUACCGGAAGAUUGUCAGCUAUGUUCUACUGAGAUCUGGCCUUGGGUCUCCGACUGAUAUCAAGGUUGUCAGAGAAGCUACAGCUGCCCUUCAGAGCAUCUUCCCCCACACAGAACUCGGUACCUUUCUAUCCCUCGCCAAAAAAGACAAAGAACGGCAGCUAAAAGAGCUCACCAUGAUUGUAACUGGGAUCCGACUGUUCAACAAAGACUGCGGAAAAGGUGGAGAGGGUAUUGAUGACUUGCCAACUAUCCUAAAAGAGGCCAUACCAGCCACCACAAAGCAUAUUGAUUCAGAACUUCAGUCAUCUCGGGAUAUCAUAUAUAAUUACACUGCCCUCAUAGAAGACAUGGAUGGCAAACGACAGAAAGGCAAUGUGCUCAACCUUUCCCAGCUGAAAGAAGCACUCUACAAUGCGAGGCAGCACGAGGCUCUAUUAAAUAUUAUUCUGGCGGAUGUCAUGACAUGUGCGCAACAACUGGAAAUGAUGGAUAAACAGUACGGAGCACAGAUGGAACAAUUAAAAGCCACUGUUCAAUCAAAGACCGCAAUCCCUACCGCACAGGUCUAUCCACUUUUUAUCUCCUUGUCUAAGCUGUGGAACAACUUCCAAGACGAAAUUGUGUUGUUAAGUGUCAUUAGUAAUAUGACUGCAAAUCUGCAACCGUUUCUGAGACUCCACGAAGAGCUUUUCCCUGCAGACGUCAUCCAGCCACUUCUCGUUGAUUUGACCGUGAAAUCGGAUGAAGAAAGGAUAAAGGAAAGCACUGGAAUACGUGUAAAUCCCUUAGACUUUCCUACUCAAGAGUGGUAUUUCCCAGAAACUACUGCUAAUUAUGAUCGACUUCCGAUUCAGUACCAUGGAUUUUGUGGUUUUGCAAUCGCUACAAGAGAUGGGCUUCUCUUACCAGGGAACCCAAACACUGGUAUUCUGAAGCACAGAGAAAGAUAUUACAUAUUCAGCUCCAAGGAAGCCGCUUAUAAGUUUGCUCAGGAUCCGGAUUACUACGUCACUUUAAUUGGAGAAAAAGCCAAACAGCGUGCAGAGCUGAUACAGUUAUUGGAGCUACACCAACAGUUUUCGUCCAUCACACCUUAUUCUCAGGCUCAAGCUGCUGAAAAACUACUGAUGAAGCCAAUCACUAAAUGCAAUAGCAGUACACAAACAGAUACGCACAUUCUGGAAAGCAACAUUGUGAAGUCAUAUGAAUGGAAUGAAUGGGAACUGCGGAGGAAAGCACUAAAAUUGACAAAUUUACGACAGAAAGUGACUCACUCCAUGCAAACCCAUGGCAGCCACAUGAGACGGGAGAAUUUCAGUCAGGUGUAUCUACCGAAACAAGUGGGCACGCAAACCAAACGGGAUGGUGCCAGCAAUGUGCCAAAGCCACAGAUCUUUCUCUCAGGGCUUCGUGGUUGUGGUCUAUCGAAACCUACCACCAUGGUUAAAGUGAACCUCACAAGAGACGUGGAGGAAUCCUGAAGUCAUGGUGGAGAGUAUCCACUUUAUAGGAUCACAUCUUGAAGUCAUCUUGGGUCUUACUGAUACACUGCAUGUUGUCAUCAAGAACAUCCAAGAUUUUUGUGUGAUUUCCAUCAUUCUUCUCUU